UGUAAAUAGUCAAUAGUUUUUGACAAUCAACACGUCUGUCAUUUAUAAGUUUUCUUUUUACAAAGUUUACGUUCCAAAAAAUUCCCGUUUCUUGAAAAAACAAGAAAUUUCGAAAUUAUAUUUCUUGACGAAAUAGAUAGUGUAUUAAUUACGUGAAGGAAAACAAAGAAAUUAAUAAAAUCUAAGUUGGAAAAGUGCAUUGCGAUUGUACAGUCUGAAGAAAAAAUGUACACGUGGUACAGUCGGUGUAAACAAUGAAAAAUUGUUUUUCAAAUUUUGAUCUUUUGAAGACAACGAAAACAAAAAAUUGUUAGAAUUUCUUGUUUUAGAAAUUUUUAAACUAAAGGAAAUAAAUUCUUUAAAGAAUUUAUAAUCAUGGGAAAUUCUGGAUUGAAACAACAUUACGAGACAGCAAAGAAAACAGGAACUUUAACGCUUUCAAAAAGAAAAUUAGAUGAAUUUCCACAAAAUUUACAAGAUUUAACACCAUUGCUACGUACAUUGGAUGUUUCGGAAAAUAAAUUUCUACAUCUUCCAUUGGAAAUAAAGGGUUUCACUUUACUCAAACAUUUAAAUAUCAGUCAUAAUAAAUUAUUGGAUUUACCCGAGGAAAUGGGUGCUUUAUUAAAACUCGAGAGUUUAAAUGCAAGUUCAAAUCAAUUAAAAUCAUUACCAUCAUCACUAUCGAAAUUAAUGAAUUUAAAACAAGUGAAUUUAUCCGACAAUAGUUUAACUGAAUUUCCCCUAAUGUUUUGUGGAUUAAAGCAUUUAGAUGUUUUGGAUGUAUCGAAAAACAAAUUAACACACGUUCCUGACGCAGUUUCAAGUCUACAUGUGACUGAACUUAAUUUAAAUCAAAAUCAUAUUUCAAUUAUUUCAAGUAAAUUGGCAAAUUGUAAAAGAUUAAAAACAUUGAGACUCGAGGAGAAUUGCCUGCAAAUAAAUUCAAUUCCAGCGACAAUUUUAAAAGAUUCGAAAAUUUCUGUUUUGGCCCUGGACGGAAAUCUUUUUGAAAUGAAACAAUUUGCUGACCUUGAUGGUUAUGAUAUGUACAUGGAACGUUAUACUGCUGUGAAAAAGAAAAUGUUCUAAAUUCAGAAAAAUAUAUUUUUCAAAUUUAUACUAAUUUUUAGAACAAAAUUUGUAUAAACGCAUAACAUACCUAUUUAUUUGUUAAUAAAUAAAUACUAUAAUAAUAACUGCAUAAAUAAUAUAAUAAUAACUGCAGAAAUUACACAAAAGUAUUGUAAACUUUUUAUCUUUUUGGAUAUUUCUAUCUUUAUAUAAAUUUCUAUCAAUUUAUUACUAUCCUCACGAACUCUAGAUGUUUUUUUAUUCUAUUGCUGGUUUUAUAGAAAAUAAUUGUAAUAUUAUAUUCCUAGACGAGUUUUAAUUAUAAAGUUCAUAUUGAACUGAUUUUAAUGAUUAUUUAUUAGAAAAUGCAAAAUGUGAAUAAUUAUCGCAAUGUAUAAAGUUAUGUAAAAAAUAAUGUAUUUCUCAAUGUCAGCAACAAAAUAUAUUUAUUUUUUCUUAUACAAAAA